AUGCAAGUUCAGAUUCAGGCUCUCCCAAUUCCACGCCAAAAGCCAAUUCCUGAUAACGACGACCAACUGAUUUUCAAAAGAAGCUUGGACCCAAGUGCUUUAUUAAAUGGAAUAGGCAGUACGUCAACAACCGGUGGGUUUGGUGGUAUGGGCGGUAUAGGCGGUUUUGCAUCCCUAUUUCAAUCUAAAGGAACUGAUCCUACUGAUGAGCAACGACAGAAGCUUAAGGAAAAGAUGGCUGGGUGGGGAGAACAAAGGCCAACUGAUAAUACACCAAUGAAUAUUUUUGGUUUCAAAGUUGGUCCAUCAAUUGCAGGUCCGCCAUUGAUCGUCGUUCCAGUGAAAUCUCCAGUAAACCCAGAAUCAAAACCAGAACAAGAACAAAAACCAGAAUCAAAACCAGAACAAGAUCCAGAAGAAUCAACCCCAAAACCAGAACAAAAGCCAGAACAAGAAUCAAAACCAGAACAAAAGCCAAAACCAAAACCAGAACAAGAACAAGAUCCAGUACAACAGGAAGAAUCAACCCCGAAACCAGUACAAGAUCCAGUACAACAACAGGAAGAAUCAACUCCAAAACCAGUACAAGAUCCAGUACAACAACAGGAAGAAUCAACCCCGAAACCAGUACAAGAUCCAGGUCCAGAUUCAGCCGAGUUUUCUAUGUAA